AUGAAAUUCGUAGGGUUUCAUGAACUCAGCUCGUGCUAUAUAUAUAUAUAUAUUCUCAAUGCUUUGGCUCCCGACUGCGUGAAGACCUAGGGUUUUGGAUCCUGCUUGCUUCAUCUUCAACGAAGAGAGCAGCCCUCAAAACCGAAAUGCCCAAGCAAAUCCAUGAGAUCAAGGACUUCCUUCUCACUGCCAGAAGGAAGGAUGCACGUUCUGUGAAAAUCAAGAGGAGCAAAGAAGUUGUGAAGUUCAAGGUUCGUUGCUCCAAGUACCUCUACACACUCUGUGUGUUUGACUCAGAGAAGGCUGACAAGUUGAAGCAAUCCCUUCCUCCAGGUUUGAGCGUGCAAGACCUGUGAAUCAAGUUGAGAUGGAGUUGGAAGCGUAAUUUGAAGCCCUUGUUUAUUUAGAGUAGUGCUUUUGCAACAUAUCAGAUUUUAUUGAAAAAGCACUUGUUUGUGAUGGUUUUGGAUUUACAUACUACUUAAAACCUUUAGGCAUUAUUGUCUUUUUUGACUAGCUCUGGAUAUGUUUAUCUGGUUCUUUAAUGUUAGCGCUCUUUUUAUUUGAUU